CACACACAGCUGUUGUGACGACCAGGGAAAGUAAACCUGAGGUCGCUAUGGCCGUGGGUAGACCUGCUGUCAGUUCCAGCCUCCCAGACAGACCCAGGCCGUGUGGCAGGAUGGCGUCGUGGCUGUGCCGAGCUGUGGUCCUCAGUCUGUUGACAGGUUUAGCGGCCUGUAGCAGCUACUGUACCUUUAAAACCUACAGUUACUCCUCCUACUACAACACCUACAAGUACUGUGACUACGGCUGCUGCACCUCCGACUGCUGCUCCUACAGCUACGACAGCAGCUACAGCAGCUACAGCAGCUACACAUUCAAUUACAGCGCUUUGAUUGGAAUCAUCGUUGGAAGUUCUGUCGGCGGCAUUCUCCUCAUCGCUAGCAUCGUCGCGUGCAUCUGCUGCUGCGUCAAGAGCCAGUCGCGACCGGGCAGAGUGAUACAACCGACACCUGCUGCCACCAGCAACUUGACGGUCGUCAGCUCAGCGAACCAGAUGAGCCAGGGGUGGUCAGCUCAGCCAGGCACCAGUGCUCCAUAUGGCCCACAGUAUGGCCCACAGUCUGGCCCACAGUAUGGCCCACAGUAUGGAGCACAGUAUGGCCCUCAGUAUGGCCCACAGUAUGGCCCUCAGGUUUCAGGGCCUCCCCCUUACCAACCUCCCCCCGGCAGCAAGGAGGGACCACCUCCUCCCCCUCCAACCUAUCCACCCGGCUUUGUGGGCGAAGCCUGAUUGUGUAGUGAGCCAGGUGUGGGAGAAGCUGUCAGUCUGUGUUGUAGCUUUGAUAAAUAAUAAUAAAGUUUGUAAAUAAUAAAGACAGUACAGACACACUCACAUGUAGCAGGUCAGAAUUUAUCAGUUAACCCUUUCGUUUCGUGGGACCAGAGGCAGGUUCCAAAACCAGCAACUCUUUAAAUCAGUCUUUAAAUUGCAUUUUAUAUUAAUUUCUUAUUGUUUUUAGGAUGAAACACUAGACUUAUUCUCUGCUAUGUAUUUUGAAGUGUGUAGAACUAAUUAAUUGGAUUUGCAGUGAUUUAUAUGGACAUAAUUGCUUCAGUUUUUGUCGUUUUCGGAUUUCGCCGAUUGUCUUGUAACGGAUUGUGGAUGAAAACUGAGGGUUAACUGUACUAAUGUACAAACAACAGCAUGGCAAGCUUAAUCUUGAAGUGCUGAUGGAGAAACAAGAUCAUUGUGCACAGUUGAAGGUGUUGUAGAGCAAUCUGUUGUAGCAAGACCAGUAUGUAAGGCUGGAAAACACUGUACCACACUCUCUUCAUCUUGUUUGUGUCAUGUUGAUGUUGCUGCUGUAACAGUGUGAGCUGCACUCAUUGCCUUUAACAACUUUGCUGUUGUCCUUCUGUUGAUUGUCGUGCUUGAAUAGAUGACAAGUGCAAUCUGGAAGGUGAAAGGUCAGUGAAAGUGCAGAAUGUAGCAGCAAGUCACCGUGUGAGCUGUUUGUCUCAUAAACCUAACGACAGGUAGUCUCCUAGACACAAACCCACAGGUUAGAAUAGUUAAUCUCUCCAACAUGUCUACACUAACUGUGUAAGUAAACAGUCAACAACCCUGUGCAAACACCUGUAUGCUCGGGUCACAGGUAAAAGUUCAUCGUAAGUGCCUAGAAUGACGUCAGCAGGAGGUUUGAAUGUUAUGCCAACGGUUAGGGAGGGAGAGAGCAGACGAUCACUGACACUUGUAGACAGCAAACAAGUUUACAAUAUCUCUGUGUGUAGCAGUGUAUACUCUGUACAUGUACUGGACUCAACUUGUACAGUAGCAACAAGUAUUUACCUGACUUCUUGUUUACUGAACUAACAAUGCAAACAAAUAAAAUGAGUAAAAACUUCACAA